AUGUCAAUUAAAACGCUAACAUUAUAUAAUUUUAAUACCAGUUAUUCAUUUGGUAAAGAGGAGAAAAAAGAAAAAGAACAAUCACUUACAUCAAAAUUAGCACGUUUAAAAGAUUCUUAUGAAAAAGAAGGAUUAAGAAAAGCAGUAGAGGGUAUCAUUAUUAUUCAUGAUCAUGGUCAUCCUCAUAUAUUACUUUUACAAGAUAAUAAUUAUUUUAAAUUACCGGGAGGUAAACUUAAACCAGGAGAAAAUGAAAUUGAUGGACUUAUAAGAAAAUUAACAAAAAAACUAUCACCAACAGGUACUCCUGUAUCAGAUGCACCUUGGGAGAUUGGUGAUCAUGUUUCAACAUGGUGGAGACCAAAUUUUGAACCAUCCCUUUUUCCAUAUAUUCCUUCUCAUAUAACUAAACCAAAAGAAUGUAAAAAACUAUUUGUUGUUACCCUUCCUGAAAAAUGUAAAUUUGCUGUUUCAAAUAAUUUAAGUUUAAUUGCUGUGUCACUUUAUGAAAUUUAUAAUAAUUCUCAAAGAUAUGGUGCUGUAAUUUCAAGUAUUCCUGCACUCAUUAGUAGAUAUACUUUCGUUUAUCUCAAUGUAGAUUAG